AUGUCCUUGAUCGGCAGCACCGCCUCGCUGCGACGCCCCGCAUCGGCGACUGCUCUGAAGGCUAGGAAGCCACACCGCAGCUCUGUGAAAGAAGGUUCCGUCUCUCGACCGCAAACGCCGUCGACCAGCGUUGGAAGCACAGUACGCAGCACCUCCUCGAGUGCUCUCCGCCGCUUACAGGAGGAGCAACAGUCCAAUGUGGGCACGGCUCUGCCUGUUGCAUCUUCCCUCGGCUUGGUUAGCGUGCCCUCCGAAGUGGUGCGUCAAGGGCUGCUGCGGAUAGCCUCCGAGCCUAACGUCGGCCGCGAUCCGCCGACCUGGGCAGAUCCCGUGAGCCCCAAGAACCGGAGCUACCACCACAUUGGAAUGGAAGAAAGGCCCGGACCAGGCUGGGACUUCACCAACGCUG